UGAUAUAAGGCAAAGGAAAUAGAAAUGACAAGCCUUAUAUCCAAAUUCCAAGGCUUUAACACCUCUCUCUCUCUCUCUCUCUCUCUCUCUCUCUCUCUCUCUUGCUUCUAAGAAUGGUGAGAGGGUAUAGCAAAAAUGGUGGUGAAGGAUGGGGACCCAUUGGGGCACCAGUAGCAGUGAAGGUGCACAAGAUGGUGGAUGAAGAUCUUCCUCAACAUUGGUCCAACUUUGACAGCUCUGUUAAUGCAGUUUCAUUUGGUUUUGUUGCCACUGCCAUUCUCAUCUCCAUGUUCUUGCUCAUGGCCAUCUUUGAGAGGUUCCUCAGACCCUCCUCCUCUUCUUCUCCUUCCUCCUCCUCCUCUUCCACCGCCACCCCCUCCCACAACCGCCCUCACCUUGGAUUCAACUCCAAACUCACUCAUCCAUCACCAAAAAUGAGUUUAUAUGCUAGUUGGGUUUCAGUUAUGAUGCCGGGGGACGAGAUUCCUAGGUUUAUAGCUCAUCCGGCGCCGGCGCCAUGUCGACCGGAGCGGAUUUUAUGGCCGUCUCAUCAACAUUGUUCCAGUUCCAACACUGAGGCAAGUAUGAGGAGAGAAAGUUGUUGAUAGAGUGUUGUUACACCAAACCAUUUUUAUCUCCAUAAUUAGUAGCAAUGUAAAUAGGUGUUACAUUUGAAGGGAAAAAUGUGGUUCCAUGAAGAAUGAAUGGAAAGUAUUAAAAUUGCACUUGA